AUGUUUUCGUCUUCACUCAUCGCACUAGCGCUGGCCGCCGUGCCUGCUCUUUCUCAAUCCGUUUCCGGAUCUCCUGAAGGCUUUGCCUCGGGCACAACUGGAGGCGCUGCCGGCGAGACAGUAACUCCAACCUCGAUCGACGAGCUUACCAAGUACCUGACCGCCGCUGAGCCUCUCACCAUCGUCCUCACCAAAACUUUCGAUUACACCGGCAGCGAAGGCACAACCACCGAAACCGGCUGCGCACCCUGGGGCACCGCUUCAGGCUGUCAACAAGCAAUCAACGCUAACGAUUGGUGUGCCUCCUACCAAUCCGACGCAGGCUCCAUCCAAGUAACCUACGACGUCGCCGGAACCUCCGGGAUCAAAGUCGCCAGCGACAAAACCCUCAUCGGCAGCGGCAGCAGCGGAAAAAUCAAAGGCAAAGGCCUCACCUUCCAAAACGGCGUCUCCAACAUCAUCCUCCAAAACAUAGAAAUCUCAGACCUCAACCCAAAAUACGUUUGGGGCGGCGACGCCAUCACUCUGAACGGCUGCAGGAACAUCUGGAUCGACCACGUAAAAAUCUCACUUGUAGGCCGGCAAAUGAUCGUAGCAGGCUACGAAACCAACACAGGCAUAACCAUCUCGAAUUCCGAAUUCGACGGACAAACUUCAUGGUCUGCAUCUUGCGAUGGGAAUCAUUACUGGAAUUUAUUUUUCGUCGGGGAGAAUGAUGAAAUCACGUUUCAAAAAAACUAUAUCCAUCAUACUUCGGGUCGGGCGCCGAAACUUGGUGGUGGGACGUUAUUCCACGCGGUGAAUAAUUUUUGGGCGGAGAAUUCGGGGCAUGCGUUUGAGGGGGAGGAUGCGUUUUUGUUGCUUGAGGGGUGUGGGUUUGAGAAUGUUGUGGCUCCACAGCAGGAUUGGAGUGGUGCGGCGUAUGUGCCGACUAGUGAGGAUUCGGGUUGUCAGAGUGGGUUGGGGAGGAGUUGUGCGGCGACGACGUUUGUGAGUUCUGGAGAGUUUGAGGGGAGUGAUGGUUCUGUUUUGAGUCGGUUUAAGGGGUUGGAGAUUGCGGAGGCGGAGGCGGAUGCUAGUGGUGUGCCGGCGAGUGCGGGCGUGGGAAAGUUGAGUGGGAGUAGGAUGAAUGGUACUACUUCUGGCAGGGUGAGGAGGGCGCAUUGGGUGACGGGGUAG